UGGCUGCAAAAAGAUAUGAGGAAGAGCUCCUCCCCUUCCUUGAGUAACUGCAACUCUGUUCUUGCUAACAAAAUAUUUGGAAUUCCACUUGAUGAGCUGCAGCAAGAAGGGCAACCAGACAAUGAGGUUCCAUUCAUAGUCCGCCAUGUCGUGGACUAUAUUGAGGAACAUGGGGGUCUGGAACAAGAAGGACUUUUUCAAGUCAAUGGGAAUGCUGAGACAGUGGAGUGGCUUCGGCAAAGAUAUGAUAAUGGAGAAGAUGUGGACCUGGUUAAAGAGGCAGAUGUACCCUCAGCUAUUAGCCUUCUUAGAUUUUUUCUUCAAGAACUUCCAGAGCCAGUUAUCCCAGGCAGUUUGCACAUACAUUUGAUGCAACUUUCUCAAGAUUAUAAUAAUGAAGAUGAAUUUGGAAGAAAGCUGAGGUUCCUCUUGCAGCAGCUUCCACCUGUUAAUUACAGUUUGUUAAAGUUUCUGUGUAAAUUUUUAGCUAAUGUAGCAUCUCAUCAUGAAGAAAUUUGGUCAGCAAGUUCUUUAGCUGCAGUCUUUGGCCCGGAUGUUUUUCACAUUUACACAGAUGUGGAGGAUCUGAAAGAACAAGAACUGGUUAGCAGAAUAAUGGCAGGACUUCUGGAGAACUACUAUGAAUUCUUUGAAAAUGAAGAGGAAGAUUUUUCAUCUACUAACGAUUUAAGCUCAAUAACUGAGCAGAUCAAUGAUCUCUUAGAAGAGGAAGAAGAUGUAAAGCUUGAGCAGUCUGAAGAACUUCCAGAAGAUGGCACAGAGAAACCUGUUGAAAGGCCAGCUGUGGUGCAUCUAGAUAUGACAGGGAGUCUCUCAGAUUCCAGGAAUGUUACAGCAUCAACAAGUGCUCAUAUCUCUCCCAUAAGUAUCUUGCCAGCCUCUGCAGAGAAUGAUGUUAAUGAAGAUAAUGACACUGGUAGCAGUGAGAACACAACAGACUGCUCUGAAGUUUUGGGUUGCACUGAUGUAGAUGGUGAAGCUAUGAAACAUGAUACUGUAACUGAGGAAGAAGAAAGCAUUCAGGUACCAGCCCUUCCUUCUGCUCAGACUGCAGACGUAUUAUUGGAACCAUGUGAUGAAGAUGCAGAUGUUGAUGGAGAAAAUAAUAGUGAAGGGCAAAAUAGUUUAUUACUUGGUGGCAAUGACAGAAUAUCUCCGGAGAUGUUGCUGGAUUCAAGUAGCAAGACUUGUGAUCUUAAUGCAAAUACUGAUUCAGAGGUGUUGGGGGAUGGCAGCGUUAAUGUUUCUGAGGAAGCUCUGAGUGUCCAAGUACCACGUCUUGAUCUGAAGAAUGUAUCUGAUGGUGACAAAUGGGAAGCGCCAUGCCCUAUCACUUUCCCCCUCAUUGAUUUCAAAACAAUGCAUCUGCAGAGAGAAGGGGAGGAUCCGUUUCCUGCUUUCAAGUCUUGGCAGGAGGACAGUGAGUCUGGAGAAGCCCAGCUUUCCCCGCAGGCUGGGAGGAUGACUAAUCAUCCGCUGGAAGAGGACUGUCACCCCGUACUGUCACACCGCAGCCUGGACUUUGGGCAAAGCCAACGUUUCUUACAUGAUCCAGAAACCUUAGAUCCUUCAUCCAAAGCACUUUCUUUUGUGAGAACACGAAGAGGAUCCUUUAGCUCAAAAGAUGACAAAAGGGAAGACCGGACACCUUAUCAGCUUGUCAAGAAAUUGCAGAAAAAGAUAAAGCAAUUUGAAGAACAAUUUGAAAAAGAAAAAAACAGUAAGCCCUCCUACAGUGACAUCGCAGCCAAUCCAAAGGUUUUGAAGUGGAUGACUGAACUUACCAAACUGAGAAAGCAAAUCAAAGAUGCAAAGCAGAGGAGUUCAGAUGGAGAAUUCAUACCUCAGCCACGUCCACGAAGUAACACUCUUCCAAAAAGCUUUGGUUCCUCCCUUGACCAAGAGGAUGAAGAAAACGGAGAUGAGCUGCGUGUUGUGCAGAAAGAGAAGAAGCCCACCAAGGAAGCUACACUGGAACUCAUUUUGAAGAGGUUAAAGGAAAAACGAGUGGAGAGAUGUUUGCCAGAAGAUAUAAAAAAAAUGACAAAGGACCAUUUGAUAGAAGAGAAAACAUCUCUCCAGAAAAGCCUCCUCUAUUAUGAAAGUCAGCAUGGACGGCCGGUUACUAGAGAAGAAAGACAUAUUGUGAAGCCACUUUAUGACAGAUACAGACUUGUAAAACAAAUGUUAACUAGAGCAAGCAUUACUCCUAUUCUUGGGUCUCCAUCAACCAAGAGGCGUGGGCAGAUGUUGCAGCCCAUUAUUGAAGGGGAAACUGCUCACUUUUUUGAAGAAAUUAAGGAAGAGGAGGAAGAAAGUGAUGGUUUGUCUGCAGACCUGAGCGAUAUCUUAAAAACUGCUGCCCAAACCCAGCCUGUUUUAAGCCCAAUUGAAAACUCUGAGUCUGAUGUUGAAGAUGGUCAAGAGAAACUGACCCGAGACCUGAGGCUGUCAAGCACCCGGGCUGCUUCCAUGCCUGAACUAUUGGAGCAGCUGUGGAAAGCCAGAGCUGAAAAGAAGAAGCUACGUAAGACACUACGAGAAUUUGAAGAGGAGUUUUAUCAGCAGAAUGGAAGGAACGUGCAAAAAGAAGAUCGAGUUCCCAUGCUAGAUGAGUACAGGGAGUACAAGAAAAUCAAAGCCAAGCUCAGGCUGUUGGAGGUCCUGAUCAGCAAACAAGAUUCUUCAAAAUCAAUUUAAAUUCUGUUCCUCCAACCCAUUGAAUCACCUGAUGUUUCCAUAUGCUACCACUGUACUUACUGGGUGCUUGUGUUCAUUUGUCAUGCACUGUGGAAAGAAUCCAGCUUGUGCACUUUAUUGUGGUGCCACUAGAACACGUUUGCAGGGUGAGUAGGUCCUGUCUAGAGAGCAAGUGAGAUUUCCAAGUUUGAGACUGCUCUGUCCAACUUUAGCAAACACAGUUUCCAUCACAGCCUUGUAUUACAGAUGCAUCCAUCUUGUUCCAAAACAACCAUAGCUUUUCUUUUAUAUAUAUUGUUGGGUUUCUUUCUUUCUUGGCAUUCAAGAACUUUGAGACUUUUGUUCUUACCACCUUUUU